UUGCCGCAGUGACAGGACCAGAGCGCUCUCGGAGCGGGGAAAUGGCGGCGGCAUCAUCGUCGUCGCGUCGCUCGCAGCAGCAUCAUCACCAUCACCCCGCUCAUCCUCCAAGUCAUCACUCGGUCCAGACGCCCGUAUCUCCGCCCCGCAGCCCCAAUCUUUCUCCCACCGGAGCUUCCCCUCAGCAGCGGCCCAUUCUGGCCGGACUCGAGGGCGAGGCCCCCGUCAACAGCGGCCGGGAAGGGACGGCGGGAACGGAGAGGCCUUUUUCUCCAGAGAGCGCCUGCGAAAGCUCCGGGCCUCCGCCGCCGCCGGGCUCCGGGGCCAGCAGCGCCGCCACUAGCAGCAGCAGCAGCAGCUCCGGGUCUUCGUCUUCCUCUUCUGCUGCCUCCAGCCCGGCUGCUCCCGACAGCCCCGACCCACCCCCUCCGCCGUUGCAGCCUCUUCCUCCGCCCGUGGGAAGCGGCGCUUUUCGGGAGCUGCUCGAGGCCUGCCGCAAUGGGGACGUAACCCGGGUCAGGCGCCUGGUGGAUGCUACCAACGUCAACGCCAAAGAUAUGGCCGGGCGGAAAUCUACCCCUUUGCACUUCGCGGCAGGUUUUGGAAGAAAGGAUGUUGUGGAACACUUGUUACAAACAGGAGCUAAUGUCCAUGCUCGUGAUGAUGGUGGACUGAUACCUCUUCACAAUGCCUGCUCCUUUGGUCAUGCUGAGGUAGUUAGCCUUUUGCUGUGUCAAGGAGCAGAACCAAAUGCCAGAGACAACUGGAACUAUACCCCUCUACAUGAAGCUGCAAUCAAAGGCAAGAUAGAUGUGUGUAUUGUACUGCUGCAACAUGGAGCUGAUCCAAAUAUUCGGAAUACAGAUGGAAAAUCAGCUUUAGAUCUUGCAGAUCCUUCUGCAAAAGCUGUACUUACUGGUGAAUACAAGAAGGACGAACUCUUGGAAGCUGCUAGGAGUGGCAAUGAAGAAAAACUAAUGGCUUUGUUAACACCUUUAAAUGUGAAUUGUCAUGCAAGUGAUGGGCGAAAAUCAACCCCAUUACAUUUGGCGGCAGGAUAUAACAGAGUUCGUAUAGUCCAGCUUUUACUUCAGCAUGGUGCUGAUGUCCAUGCAAAAGACAAAGGUGGACUUGUGCCUCUACACAACGCAUGUUCCUAUGGACAUUAUGAAGUUACAGAAUUGCUAUUGAAGCAUGGAGCCUGUGUUAAUGCAAUGGAUCUCUGGCAGUUUACUCCAUUACAUGAAGCCGCUUCCAAGAAUCGUGUGGAGGUUUGUUCUCUGUUACUCAGCCAUGGUGCAGAUCCAACAUUAGUCAACUGCCAUGGCAAGAGUGCUGUUGAUAUGGCACCGACACCUGAGCUCAAAGAGAGGCUCACCUAUGAAUUCAAAGGACAUUCCUUAUUACAAGCAGCAAGGGAAGCUGAUUUAGCCAAAGUCAAGAAAACACUUGCCUUGGAGGUCAUUAAUUUUAAGCAGCCACAAUCUCAUGAGACAGCACUGCACUGUGCUGUGUCCUCUCUUCACCCUAAACGGAAACAAGUCACUGAAUUACUGCUUCGGAAAGGAGCCAAUGUCAAUGAAAAAAAUAAGGAUUUCAUGACUCCUUUGCAUGUGGCUGCUGAACGAGCACACAAUGACGUUAUGGAAGUUCUACAUAAGCAUGGUGCAAAGAUGAAUGCACUGGACACACUUGGACAGACUCCUUUGCACAGGGCUGCUUUGGCAGGUCACUUGCAGACAUGUCGCCUCCUGUUGAAUUAUGGCUCCGAUCCCUCUAUCAUCUCCCUACAAGGUUUCACAGCAGCACAAAUGGGCAAUGAAGCAGUGCAGCAGAUACUGAAUGAAAAUACUCCAGUACAUACUUCUGAUGUAGAUUAUAGACUGUUGGAAGCAUCUAAAGCUGGAGAUUUAGAAACUGUAAAGCAACUUUGCAGUCCUCAGAAUGUGAAUUGUAGAGACUUGGAGGGACGUCAUUCAACCCCAUUGCACUUUGCUGCAGGUUAUAAUCGAGUUUCAGUAGUUGAAUACUUGCUUCAUCAUGGAGCAGAUGUACAUGCAAAGGAUAAGGGUGGAUUAGUGCCUCUACAUAAUGCUUGUUCAUAUGGACACUAUGAAGUUGCAGAGUUAUUAGUACGACAUGGAGCUUCUGUCAAUGUUGCUGAUUUAUGGAAGUUUACACCGCUACAUGAAGCAGCAGCAAAGGGAAAAUAUGAAAUCUGCAAGCUCCUUCUCAAACAUGGAGCAGAUCCAACCAAAAAGAACAGAGAUGGCAACACCCCUCUGGACUUGGUGAAAGAGGGAGAUACUGAUAUCCAGGACCUGCUGCGAGGGGAUGCUGCCCUGCUGGAUGCUGCUAAAAAGGGCUGCUUGGCACGAGUUCAGAAAUUAUGCUCUCCAGAAAACAUCAAUUGCCGGGAUACCCAGGGCCGAAACUCCACCCCAUUACAUCUUGCUGCUGGUUAUAAUAAUUUGGAAGUUGCUGAGUAUCUUCUAGAACAUGGUGCUGAUGUAAACGCUCAAGACAAGGGAGGAUUAAUUCCACUACAUAAUGCGGCAUCCUAUGGGCAUGUGGAUAUAGCAGCUCUAUUGAUUAAGUAUAAUACCUGUGUAAAUGCUACAGAUAAAUGGGCAUUUACGCCAUUGCAUGAAGCAGCACAAAAAGGAAGGACGCAACUCUGUGCACUACUUCUAGCUCAUGGAGCAGAUCCAACAAUGAAGAAUCAAGAAGGCCAAACCCCUUUGGAUCUUGCCACAGCUGAUGAUAUCAGAGCCCUGCUUAUUGAUGCAAUGCCUCCUGAAGCCUUGCCAACGUGCUUUAAACCUCAGGCCACUGUUGUUAGUGCCUCUAUCAUUUCGCCAGCAUCCACUCCAUCUUGUUUGUCUGCUGCCAGCAGUAUAGAUAACCUGGCAGGACCUCUGGCUGAAAUUGCUGUGGCAGGUGCAUCUAAUGCUGGAGAUGGAGCAACAGGAACAGAGAGGAAAGAAGGAGAAGUUGUUGGUCUUGAUAUGAAUAUCAGCCAGUUUUUGAAGAGCUUGGGUCUGGAGCAUCUCCGGGAUAUAUUUGAAACAGAACAGAUUACCUUGGAUGUACUAGCAGACAUGGGUCAUGAGGAGCUGAAAGAAAUUGGCAUCAAUGCCUAUGGGCACCGUCACAAAUUAAUAAAAGGUGUAGAGAGGCUUCUAGGUGGGCAACAGGGCACCAAUCCUUAUCUGACUUUUCACUGUGUCAGCCAAGGGACAAUUUUUAUAGAUCUUGCUCCUGAUGAUAAAGAAUACCAAUCUGUAGAAGAAGAGAUGCAGAGCACCAUCAGGGAACAUAGAGAUGGUGGUAAUGCUGGGGGAAUCUUCAACAGAUAUAAUGUCAUUAGGAUUCAGAAGGUUGUGAAUAAAAAGCUAAGAGAGAGAUUUUGUCAUCGUCAGAAAGAAGUCUCGGAAGAAAAUCAUAACCAUCACAACGAACGCAUGUUGUUUCAUGGAUCUCCUUUUAUUAAUGCUAUUAUUCACAAAGGAUUUGAUGAAAGACACGCAUACAUUGGAGGGAUGUUUGGAGCUGGAAUUUACUUUGCAGAAAAUUCCUCUAAAAGUAACCAAUAUGUAUAUGGAAUUGGAGGAGGCACAGGCUGUCCUACACAUAAAGACAGGUCCUGCUAUAUCUGCCACAGACAAAUGCUUUUUUGCCGUGUGACAUUGGGAAAGUCCUUCUUGCAGUUUAGUACCAUGAAAAUGGCCCACGCCCCUCCCGGACAUCACUCUGUAAUUGGCAGGCCAAGUGUCAAUGGGCUCGCCUAUGCUGAGUAUGUCAUCUAUAGAGGGGAACAGGCGUACCCUGAGUAUCUCAUUACAUACCAAAUUGUAAAGCCAGAUACUCCCUCACAGACAGCAAUGGCUGCAGAACAGAAGACCUAGUAGAUGCUGGUUCAUUGAAGUAGAUUACGUGACUUACGGACUGGAUGGUCGAGAUUAGUUUCAGAACAUCAAAAUUAUAUGGAAUUCUCAUCAUUCUGGAACUGCUUUAAGUGUUUUAUAAAGCAUUGUUCUGUAAAUGAAUCUGAGUAACUGAUAUGUACUCAAUUGCUACUAUUCCUUUUGAGGAAAUGUUUACAAAGAUUUGCCUUUUAACAUCCUAUCUCAGGCUCACUUUCCCUGCAGUUGCCAUGUGUGUAAUGAGAACAUCACUGCUUCAAUCUGGACAGCAACAACAGCUGUAGUGAAGUGCAGAGCCUCUAUUGAACCCAUGCCAUCCUCUCAACAUGCAAGGCUGGUUUUCCUUUUUAGAAGUCUUUAGUCAGUUAUUUAUUUUCAUUUUAUUCUUCUGUUACAAAAAUGAGCCAGACCCUCCUUGAGGAUAUUUUUGCACAAAGUCAAUUUGACUAAAAUCACUUAACAAUGCAAUAGGAAUUUCUUAUCCAAGGUGUUAGAGAUACAGUUAUUUGGUCUGGGAUUCUUUUUGCACUUUUUAUGAAUUCUUUUAAGUUGCUAAGAACAUAAUUUUAAGGUAGAAGUCCUGCUUUAUCCCUUUCUCUUUCUUUAUUAGAUGUUCAUGCUAGCAUCCAUAUAGCAGCUUCUCUGGGAAAUGGUCUCUGUUCCUCUGUUUUGCUUUCUCAUUGCUUUCUUGCGUCUAAUAUUCCAGUAGCACAGUUUGGAUGUGUCUGAAAAAAUGCAUAGGAAACAUUUGUUGGAUGAAACAGAAUAGACACAGGAUCCUGUUUUCUCUCUGCCCUAGCUAAGUGAGGUUGUAAGCAAGUUAGUGAGAUUCCUGAAGGAAUUUGAUGUCUUCUGUGGGUAUUUGUUCUGAGGUUUUUAAAAUAUUUUCAUCAGAUAAUGAACAGCAAGGGAGCAGAGAUGUGAGCCAGAGGCCUAGUCUAGUUCUCACAUGUGUGUAAACUCCAAAAGGACCAUUUUUUCCCCAUAAAGGGCGUAUUAGAGUAUAAAAGUUAACUGUAAAGCUUGCUUGAGUCCCUUUUUCCUUCAAUAGGAAUAUUCUGUUAUUCCUUAUAUUACGUCUGGAUUCAUUCAUCGGUUAAAUUCCAUGCAAAUAUCCUCCAACACCUUAGCCCCUUAUCCCCAAAAAUAUAUAU